CGAUAUGAGUGGUGUAAACAUUUUUUAUUAAAGGAAAAUGGGAUCAAGACAGGAGAGAAAGAUCACAAAUGUGGAAGUCUCCGAUGUACAAAAACGUAGAAAACCCAGCAAACAUUAUGUUUAUAUUAUACGAGUCACUUGGUCUACAAGGACAGUCAAUAUUAUCUACAGACGAUACAGCAGAUUCUUUGAUUUUCAGCACUCAUUACUAGAGAAAUUUCCAAUAGAAUCAGGACAGCUAGACCCUAACCAAAGAGUUAUUCCAUUUCUUCCAGGUAAAAUAUACUUUGGCCGCAGCCAGGUGAGAGAGGUGGCAUUGAAGAGACUAAGUCAGAUAGAUGAUUAUUGCAAGGCUCUGAUCAGUUUGGAGGAGAAAAUCUCCCAGUGUGAUGAGGUCCUGGAAUUCUUCAGCGUCGAGGAGGAUGAUCUCAAUCCUCCCACGGAUGACGAAAGAAAGAAAAAAGCGACUUUUGACACAGCGAGUAAGAUUUCCGAGCCCAGACUUGGCGAACAGUACAGGGCCAUAGCUGACUACACGAAGGAAGAUAAAUGGGACUUAAAUCUGAAAGCUGGCACUGAGGUUGAGGUUAUAGAGAAAACAGAAAGUGGCUGGUGGUUUGUCCACGUCCAGGACCAACAAGGAUGGGUCCCCAGUACCUAUCUUAAAAGGGCGGAUGGUAUCAAAGAGGAACUAAGCGAACGGGCGAGGCCGGGGGAAGAGGAACAGUACAUCUGUACCGAUGAUUACUACCCCUCCAAUUCAGACGAGCUACCUCUGGAGAAGGGGACAGUGGUGGAGGUCAUCGAGAAAAAUCUGGACGGCUGGUGGUGGAUCCGACAAAAAGGAAAAGAGGGAUGGGCACCUGCGACAUACAUGAUGAAGGCUGAGAAAGCUCACAUGGAGAGAGUAGCUCGUGCCUCGGGUGUCCAGAUUGUGGGGGGACUUCAAGACAUCAGUGACCUGAUGCAGGAUAAUGGGGAUGACUCAUGGGAUGAUGAACCUGACCCACCACCUCACCCCACCAAACCCUACCUGUCUAAAAAGUCCCUGUCCUUAGAGAGGGGAGGAUCCAUCAGGCCACCUCCCAGACAGAACUCAAUCAAAAAUAUUAAAAUAGAUAUAAAACCCCCUAAACAGAAGAAAACUCAGUAUGUAACUAUUGCUGACUUUACGGACACAGUUGGGGAUGGUAUCAGCUUCUCAAAAGGUGAAAGUGUUGAGGUCAAACAGAAGACAGCUGAUGGUUGGUGGUUUGUGAGGAUCGGAAAUAAUGAGGGCUGGGCCCCCUCUACUUAUAUAGAAGGCAGGGAGAUGGGAGAUAUACAGGAGGAUUACGUUCCUAAUGAUGAAAACUAUUCUGAAGUAGCAAUUGAUAGUGAUGAUGAAGAAGAUUACGAGCAUCCUGACUCCAUGAUUCGUAAUAAUGAAUAUGAAGAGGUUAAAUAUGAAGUCCCAGUCAAUAAUAAUGGGGAGGGAGAAAAACCUAAUUUUGUGUUUUCUAAACAGCCUAAUUUACCCAAACCACCAGAUCUGGUUAAGGAGAAGCUUGAUUCUGUUCGGCCGCUUAGCCAGGCUGAGUUGAGGGUCAGAAAGAAUCCCAAUGCCAUUAAACGACCAACUUCAAAACCUCCUCCCCCACCCAUUGGAUUUGUAGCAAAUAGGGACAGCAGUCCAAAGCCACCCCCUGUAGACCGUUCCUCUCUUGCUGCUGCAUUAAAGAAUAAAUUAGAAGCAAGGGUAUCAGAGGAGGUUUCAAAACCUGAUUUAGAAGCAAAGUCAUCCAGCUCAAGUUCAGAUUCAGAUAAGAAACCAAUUCUACCACCAAAAUUACCAAUGAGACCAGACAAAACUGAACGAAGCUUCCCUGAGCCUUCAGUGCCAACACAGGUGUCAAGAGAGAGAAUCCAUAGUGAUGGUGGGAAUAAUUUAGCUGAAAUACUGAAGGCAAAGUUUGAAUCUCGGAAAACUACAACUGAAGAAAAUGAAAAUACAGAUAGUUCAAUUUUUAAUACUUUCCCUAAAAAGACUGGUGUACAGAUUUCCCAGCUGCCUCUGUGCCAAGCAAAAUCAAAUCCAGAUUUUUCAAACAAAACAGUUCCAAAACAAGAAAAGCCGGGAUUGCCCCCUAAAUUUGAUAAACCUGCUAUUCAUCUGAAACCAACAAAGAAUGAGUCAGCCCAUAAAAGAUUGAGCAUGCAGGAGGAGAGUUCAGAAUUAGCGAAUGCUUUACAAGCAAGGCUCAGAAGACAAUCAAAUGUUGAAGUAACAUCAUCACAGCACUAUAGUGCUGUAGAAAAGCCAAAGAAAUCCUUUCCAUCAAAGCCUAUAGUUCCAGAAAAAACCAUCAGUGAGGACAAAACACCAAUUCUCCCUCCUAAAAUAGAUGUGAAUAAGACAGGGGGGAAAGAGGAUUCUAGGACAGCUGUGACAAAAACAAACAAAACUGAUAAGAGUUUCCAGCCAGGUUGGAAAAAAGAAUCAUGCAAGCCGAAAUCAAAACCACCUGUUCUUGCAAAACCUAAAAAGCCAGUGCUACCUAAAAAUGAAGUAAAAGACAGUAAAAAUGAAGGGGGUUCCCCUCAGUCUCUUGUUAAAUCAGGUUUUGCAAAAGACCUCGCUUCAAAAUUAUCUUCUAAUCUUGGAAAACAAGACACAAAUACUGAUUUUAAACCUGCAAUACCGAAGAAAUCCCCAAUUGUUCAAAAAAUAUAUGGUGCAAAGUUAGAAGACUCUGAUCAAGGAAAAACAUCUUCAAAAUCAUCUGUUUCACAACAGUCCUAUAAAACUAUUGCAAGAUAUCAAGCAGAUGGAAAUGGGGAAGUUUCAUUUGAAGAAGGAGUUGAAUUAGAAGUGUUGAGAAAAACCGAGGGUUGGUGGCUGGUGAGGGUGGGAACCAGUGAAGGAUGGGCACCAGCCACAUACAUUGAACCUUGUGGGUGUGGACCAAGAUCCCCUUCACCUGUGUGUGAUUCUGGAUUUACUUCCCCUGAAGAGGGAAGUAACUCCGUUUCCUCUGUCAAAUACAGAACUUGUGCAGAAUUUAUUCCGGAAAGUGACACAGAACUUGGGUUUAAGGAAGGUUGGGUUGUAGAAGUGCUUGAUUCAUCAGAGGAUGACUGGUGGUAUGCAAGAGUUGAUGGGAGGGAGGGAUGGGUACCAGCUGAAUAUCUAGAGGAAGUGUGAUAUAAAAUGUGUGAU